UUUCUCAAGUAAAUAAUGAGCAUUGAGAAUUCAUGAGAAAAAUGGUCAAGUACUUGCAAAUACGUUGAGCGCACGGCUUCCACACAAAAAUGGCGGCUUAUCUGAAGCUCACACUGCCGCCCUUUUUCCAUCCUUCGUCUUCCUCUUUCUCUGCAAACUACUAAAUACCUAGCUCUGCCAUGAAAACCGCUUGGCCCUCCUCGCCUUCAUUUCCCGCCGCAAGCUUCGCCACCAACUCUCUCGCUUCUUCCAGAAGAAAGGUGUUAUGUUAUCAAGGGGUACUUGUGGAUAAAAUAUACUCAAAAUACUUUCUACUCUGCAAAUCUACUUCAAGUGGUAGAUUAUCCAGGUCAAGAAGUUUAGAAAUUCUUUCCCAUAGGUCAGGAAGGACUGCCUUACGUCAAAUGAAGAUAAAUAAACCUAAGUCUCUUCAAAAGGUGGAAGAAAGCUUUGACUUUAUUUUUGGAAAAUCAUUAAGUUUUCUUCAAGAAUGGAGCCGAUUACAAUCAAUGGGCAUAGUUGUUGUUAUACUGACAUGCACAUUCAUGAUCAUUCCACCAUCCCAAGCUGUUGAUGCACUCAAAACAUGUACAUGCUUGCUGAAGGAAUGCAGGCUUGAACUUGCCAAAUGCAUUUCAAACCCACUAUGUGCUGCCAAUGUUGCUUGUCUCCAAACCUGCAAUAAUCGACCCGAUGAGACCGAAUGCCAAAUUAAAUGUGGUGACCUGUUUGAAAACAGUGUAGUGGAUGAAUUUAAUGAAUGUGCAGUAUCCCGAAAGAAAUGUGUGCCUAUGAAAUCCGAUGUUGGGGAAUUUCCUGUACCCGACCCGUCUGUUCUUUUUCAGAGUUUCAAUAUAUCAGAUUUCAGUGGGAAGUGGUUCAUCACUAGUGGCUUAAACCCCACUUUUGAUACAUUUGAUUGUCAGUUGCAUGAAUUUCAUGUGGAGUCUGGAAAACUUGUUGGAAAUAUAACUUGGAGAAUACGGACUCCAGAUAGCGGUUUCUUUACAAGAUCAACUGUGCAGAGAUUUGUUCAAGAUCCUGCACAUCCUGGGGUACUCUACAACCACAACAAUGAGUAUCUUCACUACGAGGAUGACUGGUAUAUUCUAUCAAGCAAGGUGGAGAACAAACCAGACGAUUACAUUUUCGUUUACUAUCGUGGUCGGAACGAUGCUUGGGAUGGCUAUGGUGGAGCUGUAGUAUACACAAGAAGUGCAGUACUGCCAGAAAGCAUAAUUCCCGAGCUUGAAAAGGCAGCUAAGAGCGUAGGGAGAGACUUCAACAGGUUCAUAAGAACAGACAAUUCGUGCGGUCCCGAGCCACCUCUUGUAGAAAGACUGGAGAAGACAUUGGAAAGCGGAGAACAAACGAUCAUAAGGGAAGUCGAACAGAUCGAACAAGAGGUGGAAAAGGAGGUGGUGCAGAUUGAACAGGAGGUGGAGAAGGAGGUGGAGAAGGUGGGGAAAACAGAAAUGACAUUGAUAGAGAAGUUGGGAGAAGGUCUGAAAGAACUCCAACAGGAUGAGGAGUUCUUCCUUAGGGAGUUGUCAAAAGAAGAGAGUGAUCUUUUGAAUGAGCUAAAAAUGGAAGCAAGUGAGGUUGAAAAUUUGUUUGGAAGAGCACUUGCUCUUAGAAAACUAAGAUAGACUUACUUUUUGACAUAUAAAAAUUAAAACCUUGUUUAUAUAUAUUAUUCAACAUAUAAAAAUGCUUAGAAGA